UGCCGUCACUCACGGCCGCUGCUCGCUGGCUUGCUCGUGCGCUCUCCGCGCCACAGGCACCUGCUCGCCGGGCGCUCUGCGCUCACUUCUCGCUCGCACACUGCAGACUCCCGGCGUCGCCUCCGUCACCCGGCCUCGUCCCCAGCCCAGCACAGCGCUCCGCCCUUCUCCCCGGCCCCUGGCGCCCACCCACCAGCCAUGGCCUGGGCCUGGGACAAAGAGCGGUGCAGCUCUUUGCCCAAACUGGGGUCUGCGCGCCGCGGCUGAGCGCCCACUCGCCUUGCGGAAAGAGCCGCGGAGGGACCAGCGGGGGCGGCGGCGGGAGAGCUCGGCGGGAGCCAGAGGAGGUGGCAGUCGGGAGCCAAACCAUAAGGAGACUGGGAAGCAGAAGCUCGCAGCUCUGAGGCGCGCACUCCCUUGGCAAGGGAUGGGUCCCGGGGCGGCCCAGCCUCUGUCCGGCCCGCCGGGCAGAGACUGAAUUGCGGUUCCCCAUCGUCCUGUGGACAGCGGGAUAGAAGGAGGCACGGACCGAUCACCAGUAGCCUCCCGGCGGGACCUCGCGUCCUGAGCCCCCCGCGCAGCGCCCCCCGCCGGAGCCGCGCCGGGCAAGCCGGCGAGGGAGCUGGGCUGAUUGGCGGCCGCCGGCGGCCGGGGGAGGGGGCGCCGCGCGGGGCCAUGGCAGGCUCGGAGGCGUCCUAGCCCGAGCUGGAGCCGGAUCCGAGCCCACGCUGCCACCACCGCCGCCUCUCCGCGCCCGGGCCCCCGCCGCCGCCGCGCCCCCCGCGGGAGAUGGAACAGCGGAACCGGCUCGGCGCCCUCGGAUACCUGCCGCCGCUGCUGCUGCACGCCCUGCUGCUCUUCGUGGCCGACGCUACAUUUACCGAAGUCCCCAAAGAUGUGACAGUACGGGAGGGAGACGACAUCGAAAUGCCCUGCGCGUUCCGGGCUAGCGGAGCCACCUCGUAUUCGCUGGAGAUUCAGUGGUGGUACCUCAAGGAGCCGCCCCGGGAGCUGCUGCACGAGCUGGCGCUCAGCGUGCCCGGCGCCCGGAGCAAGGUAACAAAUAAGGAUGCAACUAAAAUCAGCACCGUGCGCGUCCAGGGCAAUGACAUCUCGCACAGGCUGCGGUUGUCGGCCGUGCGGCGGCAGGACGAGGGCGUGUACGAAUGCCGCGUGUCCGACUACAGCGACGACGACACGCAGGAGCACAAGGCCCAGGCGCUGCUGCGCGUGCUCUCGCGCUUCGCGCCGCCCAACAUGCAGGCCGCCGAGGCCGUGUCCCACAUUCAGAGCAGCGGUCCGCGUCGUCACGGCCCCGCCAGCGCUGCCAACUCCAACAACUUGGGUGCCACCGGCGCCGCAGGCCGAGCCACCUCCGACCCUGGCCACGGCGACAAAAGCCCGCCUCCGGGGAGUCCUCCUGCUGCCCCAGGUCCCGGAGUCCCAGAGGCGGCCGCUGCCUCCGCGGCCCACGCAGCCGCCACCACUGUCGCGGCUGCGGCCGCUGCUUCGUCAGCGUCACCGCCACUGGGCCAGGCGGUCCUUCUGCGCCAGAGGCACGGCUCAGGCACUGGCCGUAGCUCCGCCACAGACCCUCUCUUGUCCCUGCUCCUGCUGGCUCUGCAUAAGCUCCUUCGCCUGCUGGUGGGGCACUGACACACACAGCCAUCCCCCCCGCACCUCAGCCCGCCCACACGGCCUGCCCGGACCCGGCGUGAGGCUCGCGUCACCAGAUGGA